AUGCCAUUGAUUAUUGUUAAUUCAAUCGUUUGUACUGGCCUGUUAGAAUAUUUCGUUGAUCGAAUGAUUCGUAUAAUUGGUUUUGCUUAUGUCGUUUGUUGUUUUGUUUUCUACAAUAUCUUAUUCUUUACGUUUAUGAAUACAUCUGACAAUUUAAUGGAUAAUAAAGGAUCAGAAUUAAGAAAACAAAUAGAAUCCUGUACACGAGGAAUGGAUGUAUUGAACGUUCCGGAAAAUUAUUCUUCAUUUUUCUGGUAUCAGUGUGUCAUAUAUGCAUUUUUAAUCUUCAUAAUAUUAGAUUUAACUCUAGCUGAAGUUUUUUGGUUUUCUGAGACAAUGUUAUGGCCAAACUAUAGUUCGAUAUUACUGUUAUUUUACAUCGACUUUUAUCCUGUCAUCGUAAUGUUGAUUAUCGAUUUUACUUUCGUCUUUUGGAUAAGAUAUAUAAAGAUUAAGUUUGGUCAAUUAAAUGCUGUACUGCAAAGCAUGGUGAGAACAACUAUCGAUUCUCCACAACAUGCAAGAGUGCUCAGAAUGAAAGAUAACUGGGAAGAUGAUUUUUCGUUAUCUACUGUUUAUGGAACGUACAAAACGAAUGAAAAUUUUGUAAAAUUAAAAAGAAUCAAACAAAUCCAUUUGGAAUUAAUGAAAUGUGCCAGAAUCAUAAAUGAAGCUUAUGGAUUACCUAUUCUUAUAUCUAUAUUUACAUCCAUCUUAUUUAUCACGACAUUGUUAUACGAUCUGUACAUUAUCUCAAUGGCAAACAAACAUAAUAAUGUUAUAAAAAAGUUAUACGUGCAUUUAAGUUGGAUUUUUUAUUUUUGCAUUAUGACUUUGGUAAAAACGAAUAUAUGUGAGACAACGAUUACAGAAGCGAUUGGUUCGAUUACUACCUAUCUUGUCAUACUUAUUCAAGUUGGAGGUGAAUCUGAAAAGACAAAACGUUUCAAGUUGCAAAUAGAAACUUGUAUUCGAAUCAUGGAACAACUAAAUAUUCCAAUGAAUUUAUCUAAAUGUUUUUGGCAAUAUUUUUAUUUGUAUAAAGAUGAAAUUUAG